AUGGAGAUCAAGAACGACCGUAAGACGGGAAUGGUGACUGUACAACAAACCAAGUUUCUCAAGUCCGUGUUAACCAAGUUCGGAAUGGAUAACAGCAAGCCAGUGAAGACGCCUCAAGAUCCCGGCCUGAAGCUAACCAAGAACAUGUGUGAACAAGAAUGCAAGCACGAAGACACCAUGUGCAACGUGCCAUAUCGAAGUGCUGUCGGAGGCAUCAUGUAUCUCAUGGUCGCCACACGUCCGGAUCUAGCUGCUGCAGUGGGAUCAUUAUCCCAGUUCUCGUCCGACCCAUGCCCGACUCACUGGCAAGCUUUGAAGCGUGUGCUGAGAUACCUGCAAGCAACGCCCAAUCAUGGUCUUGAGUUUACACGUGAAGAAGGAAGCCGUAUCUGCGGGUACACCGACGCAGACUGGGCCGGCGACAUUGAGUCAAGACGAAGUACAAGCGGCUAUGUGUUCAUGAUGAGCGGAGGAUGCAUCAGCUGGAAAAGCCAGAAACAACGGACGGUCGCGCUAUCUUCAACAGAAGCAGAAUACAUGGCGCUUUCCGAAGCAACCAAAGAAGCAGUAUGGCUCAAAGUGCUUUUGGGGGAACUUGGUGAGAUGACAAGCGACGAAGCGAUCAAGAUGUAUGAAGACAACCAAGGAUCAAUCGCUCUCGCCAAGAACCCGGAGUUCCAUAAGAGAACGAAACACAUCGACAUACGCUACCAUUUUGUGCGUGAGAAGGUGGAAUCAGGUGAAGUCGUUUUGGAGUAUUGCCCGACUCAAGAUAUGCUGGCAGACAUGAUGACCAAGCCGAUCGCCGCUGUACAAUUUGAAAACAUUCGCGAUCGACUUGGGAUCCAAGGUGCCGCAGCUAACGAGUCGAGAGGGAGUGUUGAAAAGACAGCGGCUGUGAAGAAGACACCUCGUCAAGCUGCGUCAAGUGUUGAAGCAAGUGGAAGACCAAGCUUCGCUAUACCGGUGGGUACCGGUAUGUACCAGUAA